CUCCUCCGGCGGGAGCUGGAAACCGCCCGGCCUGAAGCGGGCGCCCUUCCUGCCUGGAGGAGUCCGCUGAGCUCAGUCCGUGGCGCCUCGCCAGCUACGCGACGACGCGGGCUCGUGAAGGGCAGAGCAACCCAUCAUGCAGGAUCCCAAUGAAGAUACAGAAUGGAAUGACAUUUUAAGAGACUUUGGCAUUCUACCUCCUAAAGAAGAGCCAAAAGAUGAAAUUGAAGAGAUGGUUUUACGUUUACAGAAAGAAGCAAUGGUUAAACCAUUUGAAAAGAUGACUCUUGCACAGCUGAAGGAAGCUGAAGAUGAAUUUGAUGAAGAAGACAUGCAAGCUAUUGAAACAUAUAGAAAGAAGCGGUUACAGGAAUGGAGAGCUCUUAAGAAAAAACAAAAAUUUGGAGAAUUAAGAGAAAUUUCUGGAAAUCAGUAUGUAAAUGAAGUCACAAAUGCAGAAAAAGAUGUGUGGGUUAUAAUUCAUCUAUACAGAUCAAGCAUCCCAAUGUGUUUGUUGGUUAACCAGCAUCUUAGUCUUCUAGCAAGAAAGUUUCCAGAAACUAAAUUUGUUACAGCCAUCGUGAAUAGCUGUAUUCAACACUACCAUGACAAUUGUUUACCAACAAUUUUUGUUUAUAAAAAUGGUCAGAUAGAAGCCAAAUUCAUUGGAAUUAUAGAAUGUGGAGGGAUAAAUCUCAAGUUGGAAGAACUUGAAUGGAAGCUAGCAGAAGUUGGAGCAAUACAGACUGAUUUGGAAGAAAAUCCCAAAAAAGACAUUGUAGAUAUGAUGGUAUCUUCAAUUAAAAACACUUCUAUUCAUGAUGACAGUAAUAGCUCCAACAGUGAUAAUGAUACCAAAUAGAGAGAAAUAUUCAAUAAACAGCUUUUAAAGUAUA